AUGGUCCCUGUCCAGUUCUUCACAGGUGGGGCUGCUAGUCACAAGCGGGGCUGCUGGUCACAGGUGGAGCUGCUGGUCAAAGGUGGGGCUGCUGGUCAAAGCUGGCGCUGGUGCUGGUGCUGGCGGCUGGCGCUAGAGCUGGUGCCUGGUGCUGGCGGCUGGCGCUGGUGCCUGGUGCUGGCGGCUAGUGCUGGUGCCUGGUGCUGGCGGCAGGCGCUGGUGCUGGUGCCUGGUGCUGGCGGCUGGCGCUGGUGCUGGUACAUGGUGCUGGCGGCUGGCGCUGGUGCUGGUGCCUGGUGCUGGCGGCUGGCGCUGGUGCUGGUGUCUGGUGCUGGCGGCUGGCGCUGGUGCUGGUGCCUGGUGCUGGCGGCUGGCACUGGCGCUGAUGCUUGGUGCUGGUGGCUGGCACUGGUGCUGGUGCCUGGUGCUGGCGGUUGCCGCUGGUGCUGGUGCAUGGUGCUGGCGGCUGGCGCUGGUGCUGGUGCCCGGUGCUGGCGGCUGGCGCUGGUGCUGGUGCCUGGUGCUGGCGGCUGGCGCUGGUGCUGGUGCCUGGUGCUGGCGCUGGUGCUGGUGGCUGGCGCUGGUGCUGGUGCCUGGUGCUGGCAGCUGGCGCUGGUGCUGGUGCCUGGUGCUGGCGACUGGCGAUGGUGCUGUUCCACCGCCACUCCCUUCCCCCUUUUCCUCUCUCCCCCACAUCAUUCCGCCGACACUCCCUUCCCCUUUUCCCUUUCCCCCCCACAAUGUUCCGCCGCCAAUCCCUUCCCCUCAUCCCUCUCCCACCCACAGCGACCGCCGCUGCACACGCGAACAGUCGCGAUGGGGGGGGGGGGGGGGGGGGGGGGGGGGGUGACGGGCAAGGGGCCGGGGGAAUGCAACGGGUGGAGCGAGGCGACGGGAGGGAAGAAAAAGGGACGGGGGGGAAGGGCCGCGACGACCACCACGGACGUUGUCCCCUUUAUUCCCUAUGCCUCCCCCCCACCCCCCCUUUCCCACUCUCGCGCAAACUCGGCAGGAGGCGUAGGCGCGGGUAGAGGUGGUGACGGGGGUAAAACGCGAGGGGCUGGCGACAAGGGAAACGCGACGAGCAGGCAACGGGGGAAACGCGAUGGGCUGGCGACAGGGGAAAAUGCGACGGGCUGA